UUGCCGCAGUUCUCCCGAGAGGAAAGCGCCCGGAGCAAUCACUGGUGGCGGAGGCUCUGUGCUCUGGUGUCUGCCUCACGGAAACCGGCCUCCCCGUCCCAGAAGGUCUUCAGGACAGACGCACUUCGUCACGUACAUGUAUCAUAUUUUGACUAAAAAUACAACAGUAACAGAUCACAACCGCAACCUGCUGGUGGAGACCAUUCGUUCCAUAACAGAGAUCCUGAUCUGGGGGGAUCAGAAUGACAGCUCAGUGUUUGACUUUUUCUUGGAGAAGAAUAUGUUUGUGUUCUUCCUGAACAUCCUGCGUCAGAAGUCUGGUCGUUAUGUGUGUGUGCAGCUGCUGCAGACUCUGAACAUCCUUUUUGAGAACAUCAGCCAUGAAACAUCCCUGUACUACCUGCUCUCUAAUAACUAUGUGAAUUCUAUUAUUGUCCACAAAUUCGACUUUUCUGAUGAGGAGAUCAUGGCAUAUUACAUAUCAUUUUUGAAAACUCUUUCCCUGAAACUCAAUAAUCAUACUGUACAUUUCUUUUAUAAUGAGCACACUAAUGACUUUGCUUUGUACACUGAAGCUAUUAAAUUUUUUAACCACCCCGAAAGCAUGGUCAGGAUUGCUGUUAGGACUAUAACUUUAAAUGUCUACAAAGUGGACAACCAGCCUAUGCUGCAUUACAUUCGAGAUAAAACUGCAGUUCCUUAUUUCUCCAACCUUGUCUGGUUUAUUGGCAGCCACGUGAUAGAACUGGAUAACUGUGUGCAGACUGAUGAAGAGCACAGAAAUAGGGGCAAACUGAGUGACCUGGUAGCAGAACAUCUUGAUCAUUUGCAUUACCUUAAUGAUAUCCUUAUCAUUAAUUGUGAAUUUUUAAAUGAUGUGCUGACAGACCACCUACUUAAUAGGCUCUUUCUUCCCCUCUACGUGUACUCAUUAGUAAAUCAAGACAAGGGUGGAGAGCGUCCAAAAAUAAGUCUCCAGGUUUCUCUCUAUCUUCUUUCUCAAGUUUUUCUGAUUAUACAUUAUGCUCCAUUGGUGAACUCCUUGGCUGAGGUUAUUCUCAAUGGGGACCUCUCAGUGUUUUCUUCUAAGGUUGAGCAAGAUAUACAGAAAAACUCAGCAAAGUCAAGUAUCAGAUGUUUCAUAAAACCCACAGAAACACUUGAGAGGUCUCUUGAAAUUAACAAACAGAAAGGGAAGAAAAGGAUGCAGAAAAGACCCAACUAUAAAAAUGUUGGUGAAGAAGAGGAAGAGGAGAGAGGAUCUGAAGAUAACCAAGAUGACCUUGAUAAAAGUAAAAGCACAGAAGCAAGUUCAAAGGGCGUAAGAACAAGCACUGAAAAUGAAGAAAUAGAGAUGGUAAUCAUGGAGAGAUGUAAGCUGUCAGAGCUGUCUAUCUCUGCUGUGACAGAACAGAAUACAACCGAUGAAGAAAAGAGUGCAGCUGCUUCUGGAAGUGAGAUAACAAACUGGAACAGGCCUUUUCUUGAUAUGGUCUAUAAUGCACUGGACUGUCCUGAAGAUGAUUACUAUGCCCUCUUUGUGCUUUGUCUUUUAUAUGCCAUGUCACACAACAAAGGACUUGACUCAGUCAAGCUGGAGAGAAUUCAGCUUCCAGCUCAACAUGCUGAAGAGAGAAAUUCAUAUAAUCAUGUCCUUGCAGAAAGGCUCAUCAGGAUAAUGAAUUAUGCUGCACAACCAGAUGGAAAAAUUCGUUUAGCAACUUUAGAACUUGGCUGCCUGUUGCUGAAGCAGCUUGUGUUUUCUAAAAAUGGCAGGAUCAUAAAAAGUGUUCACCUUGAUUGUCUUGAGGGUGCAAGGGAGGAAAGUGUUCAUCUCCUUCGUCGUUUCUAUAAGGGAGAAGAAAUAUUUCUGGAUAUGUUUGAAGAUGAAUACCGGAGUAUGACCAUGAAACCUAUGAAUGUAGAAUACUUGAUGAUGGAUGCCUCAAUCUUGCUACCCCCAACGGGGACACCACUGACUGGGAUUGAUUUUGUGAAAAGAUUACCUUGUGGAGAUGUGGAAAGAACACGAAGAGCAAUCAGAGUUUUCUUUAUGCUUCGUUCACUGUCACUGCACUUGAAAGGUGAGCUGGAAACUCAGUUACCGCUCACCAGAGAGGGAGAUCUGAUAAAGGCAGAUGAUGUUCUGGAUCUGAAUAACAGUGAUCUGAUUGCUUGUACAGUCAUAACAAAGGAUGGGGGUCAAGUUCAAAGAUUCCUGGCUGUGGAUAUUUACCAGAUGAGUUUGGUUGAACCAGAUAUUGCCAGACUUGGAUGGGGAGUAGUUAAAUUUGCAGGCCUUCUGCAGGAUAUGCAGGUGACUGGAGUAGAGGAUGACAGCAGAGCCCUGAACAUAAUAAUUCACAAGCCUGCCUCAAGCCCUCAUUCGAAGCCCUUCCCGAUCCUCCAGGCCACGUUUAUUUUUGCGGAUCACAUUCGCUGCAUCAUCGCCAAGCAGCGCCUGGCCAAAGGCCGGAUCCAGGCUCGGCGCACCAAAAUGCAGAGAAUAGCAGCUCUCCUGGAUCUUCCUGUUCAGCCUUCAACUGAAGUUAUGGGUUUUGGACACAGCUCUGGAGCUGCAGCCCAGCACCUCCCAUUUAGAUUCUAUGACCAGUCCCGGCGUGGGAGCAGUGACCCAACAGUGCAGCGUUCUGUCUUUGCAUCUGUUGACAAAGUCCCUGGCUUUGCUGUAGCCCAGUGCAUAAAUCAGCACAAUCCAUCCCCACUCUCGUCACCAUCCCCUUCCAGUGGCAGUGGCAGUACAGGACGCUGUGAUUCAGUGACUGCAAGCUCGACAUCCACUCCUUCUGCUGCUCAGAGCCCAGCAGAUGAUGCUUCAGCUCCAGAGCAGCCUCUGAUGGCCAGUUCCAGUCAGACAGUGUUGACUGAUGAAACUCUUUCAGCUGUUUCAAAGUCCAGCAAAAACGCUGUAAAAACCAGUGACACAGAAACAGCCAACCUGUCUCCCAGCCUGAUUCCUGCACAGCAGCCCACAAUAUCCUUAAUCACAGAUGACAACACGGACACGCUGAGCGUGGAGUCGCUCACACUGGUGCCACCAGUUGAUCCACACAGCAUUCGAACAUUCAGCUGCAUCCCUCAGGCCUCUUUGCCGUCUGAAGUUGAAGCUGACAAGGUGAAAGAGGUAGAGGAGGAAGAAUGUUCUGACUAAAGCCACCAUGCAGGCUCCAAUAAAUAGCAAAGGAAGCGCAACCAAAUUGUGAUUUGUUUUUUCUCUGGGAGUGCAGAUACUUCUGGGGGCUUGAGAGGCCUCAGGUCCACACGAAGGGACCAACUGGUGACCGAGAAUGUCAGCAGCUUUUAGACCCAACAUCGGAUACUCAGCAUAUCUGAACUGGAGAAGAGAGGAAAAACCCAACCUUUUGAACCUGAAGUGGUUCUUUCCUACCAGUUAAUGUCAUACAGGAACAUGAACGUAUUUCAGAGAACCUACUGUCUUUCUAAUAGGAACUAAUUAAUUGAAAGGUCUACAGUAUUAUGUCAAAGUGAAGAGAUUUUUGGAUACCCAGAUUCAUGGUACUGCAUUAUUGCGUCUCGGAAACAAGAGACGUACCAUUGACCAGAAAAAAUUAUAUAUUGUAGGACAGAGGUAAAACUUCCAUUUGAGUCAGGGUAUGUUUUUUCAGUUUGGUCUUUGGUUUGGGUUUUUUUUUUUUGUGGAGGGGUUUGGGGGUUUUGUUUGGUUUUUUUUUGUUUGGUUUUGGUUUUUAAUCCUGAUCUUGUUCAUCUUUUGGAUGUCUGCACAAUACCAGCAGGCUUGGCCACAUUCAGUAUUGACUUGGUAGGACUCCAGACUUAAAUAUGUUUUCCAUAUGAAAUAUUUAUUUCAAGGUUUGAUUCAAAGUUAAAAUACAAUGCUUGUUCAGAUUAACAUAAGGGAUUUUUUGAGACUGCUUUAGUCUUUGCUUAGUCGCCUAGAGAGGAAUGUAAAAUAUUUUAAAAUAUUACUAUAGCUUGUUUGUUCACUUCUGACAGUCAAAUUGCUACACAUCUGAGGAAUGGUGAUAUCCCUGCAACUGAGACAACUUCAAGAAGCAGACAGAAGCAGUUUUACUCUAAAAAGGUUUUUCAGAUUUUUCAUAUUCAUGUAGGAAGAAGGUCACCAUAUCCAACUGCUAAUUCCUUUGCAAGUCUGAUCUCGAAAGGUAUUACAUAAUUUUUUUCUCCCUUUCAGGGAUAGUAUUCCAGUUAAAUGGCAUUGCUGCAUAAAAGUUCUGAGUUAACAUUACUUCCUAGAUCCUGACACCAAAUUGACAGAAAAGGAAAAGAUGUUGAUUAAAGUUUGGAAUGUUCUCUGCUGAUUUGAUACAUAAUUAACAUGAAAGGAAUUUAAGAUUUUUCAUCAAUUUUCAAGUAAGUUAAUUUAAAUGAAUAGCAGAAUGAGUAGAUUGUUGUUGCUGGUCUGUUCGUAACACUGUUGGCAAUUCCACAAAGGAGGACUGCUGUUUACUUGGAAUUGAUUUCAGUCACCACUGCAAUCUAUUUCCUUAUUCAGUCUCUACUGGCAUUGAGUUCUUACUAAAUAGUUGAAUUUGCAGAGUUUUUACCCACUUCCCAGCUGUUUAUUGUACCUCUUCCUGGCUGUCAUAGGGAAUACUUGAAGUGAUUUUUCGGUGUUUUAUAUUAUAUAUAUAUAUAUAUAUAUUUAUAUAUAUAUAUAUAUGAAAUUGACUAAUUCACAAGUACCACUUUUCUCACUUUUUGACUUCUUCACAUAAUAAUUGGAUCUUUUCCAACUGGGUAUAUGGGAUGUCUGCUACUGAAUGCCAGUAAUUUUUUUCCCCCUUAUUAACUUUUUCAUGCAGCUUUGAUUUCUAAUUUUCUGUGACUUUUACUUUCUCUCAAAUUGAAUUAACUGAUACUCUGACCAUUCCAUAGUGGCACAAAUUCUAAAUGAACUCCAAGUUAGGUGUCCUCAGCACUGCAGUAGAUUUUGUGUGAAAAUCUGGUAUUACUGAAAUAAAAGCCUAUUUUUUUGGUCUUUUUCUCUCAUGCUUAAGAUGGAUUUGCACUGAUGCAGUCACUGUUGCAGCUAAUGUGCAUGUACCUGAACAAGCCUAGUUAUCAGUAGCAAUCUGGGCACAAAGACCACAUGAUUUUUUAUUAGCUGAACUGAUUGCAGUCUAGACUUUCUCUAAAAUUUUGCAGCAUUACACUGUAGUUUCAGUAAUAUUCUGAAGACCAUUAUAAAGAAUACCUCACUUAAUCUGAAAGCAUUUUAUGUUAGUUACUAACCUUAAAUUCUUGACCAAGAUUACACAAAAUACCACUGUGCAGGCUGAGUUCCCUUAAAUAAAACCCAUUUUAGACUUGAAAACCUUGAUCUUUAUUUAUCUCAUUUCAAAUUCAGUUCUAGCAAGGUUAGACCCAUGCACAAGGAGUCUCUUCAGUGUAUAUGCAUAAUCUCACCCCUGAGCUGCACUGCACAAGAAAUAGGGCAAAGGGAAAGAAGGGUGGCUUUGUGCUUUUCAUUACUUUUGAGUGGCUUUUAAAUUUCAUGAUCACUUGUCUGGUGAGUGCUUCACAGGAAGUGACCGAGAUAGGUACUGUUAUUAGGGAAAUAAAAGAAUAGGUCUGCUGUUCAUUUGCCUGAGCCUCCUCUGGGGGAAAAACCUCUUUCUGAGAUCCAGUCUAAACCUGCUCUGACUCAGCUCCAGCCGUUUCCUAAUUAAGCAGUAAGAUAUGAGUGACUGUAAUUUCCACACUUACUGCAAGUGUCUUGGGGUGAUUACUUCAAGCAGUCCAGAAAUUCAGAAACUGCCCUGGAAUUGUGUCAUUUCAUGUCAGCAGUAAAAUAAACUUUAUGCUUGAAGACCUAGGUGAGCUAUCAGACAAACAGGUCAAACUGUGUAAGGAUGAAGCCACUUCCUAAAAGUAAACACUUCACUCACGUGGUGCUGUCACUCUGGUGUAAUCUGUCCCUUCACUGCAGGAGACGGAGCUCCAGAAUAGCCUCAGGACCAGUGGCACAGACCACCAGGGAGCAGUAGUCAGAAACGCCCCCCCCAAGCUAAAUAGUCUCUUCUCGUCUUCACUUACCACCUAAAGUUGAACUUAGUUUUAAAAGAGUAUUGCCCAGGGAAGCAGCUGCUGUCUGGGAGAAUAAAUGGUUUUAGUCCUGUAGUUGAAUCAGAGAUCUGCAGAGACAUUAGCUGGGGUCAGAGAGAUCAAGGCCUUUUGCCUCCAAGGUAGUUAGUCUCCUUCCUUCUGACAACCUAAUGUAGCCAUCUAAAUACAUGUUGAAAAUUUUCUUCUGAACUGCUACUGUCCUUCUUGAAAGAGUUUUUUGGUGUGUUCCUGCUUCACCACCACUGCCGCUACCCUAGGAUGUCACUCACCUGCGCACUGCUCUUCUGUUAUCUCGCAAUCUUUGGAGAAAUUCUCCUGUGCUUGCCUGCUGUAUUUCUCUUGACCUUUCCCAACAUUUGCAGCAUGAAUUAGAAAAAUAGAGUAACUCUUCCCAUCUCCUAUUGGAUUCUGAAAAGCAGAGGGUGAUCCAAGCAGGGCUUGCUAGGGUGGGAUGUUUUUAGGUGUUGGGAGGGGAGUAGUAUUCGGGGGUUUUUCUGCUGCUCAGGAUUUGAGCAGCAACAAAGACAUAGGAGAUGCAGUUCUUGACUGAGUCUCAAAAGAGGGUUCUUUCAUAUGGAAACAUAUUUUUAUAUUACAUUUGUACAGAAUUUUCCCUAUUUUGAUCUCCCAACAUUUUUAGAUUUGCACGUUGCUCAGAUUUUAUUUCUUUUGCAAGGUGUUAUAAAAUAUAUAUUUUGUGUUUGUUAAUGUAUUAUAAAUGUAAAGCUAAAUUUUGGUUGUCUAAUAAAUGUGCACUAUGGUGGUAGCUGGUUGUUUUGCUAACUUGAAUUCAUUGGUUCUUAAUAUGAAAAGGAAAAACUUGUCAUUGUUGGGACUGUCUUGUUAGCAUAAAUAAAUGUGUGGAGUGCAUUUAUUUUAAAAGUAACUAAAAAUGGCUUAAGCAGGUAAUGACUAAGAAUGCUAAUAACAAAAGUUAAGGUCCAGACUAGUUCGCAGGAUUCUUUCAAGACGAUAAUCUGAAGAUUCAUGAGAUUAUUUUUUUUUUAUUGUUUCCCAUUACUUUUGGUUAUGGAUAUUCAUACUAAAGUGAGUUUAAGACACAGAAAUGGCAAUCUGAUCACUUCAGUAUGUAUGAGAAGAUCUGAGGGUUAGUGUUUGGGUGUAUUUAAGGACUAAUUGUGGCAGAAGUAUUUACAAUGCGCACGAAGAUAAUUUUUUUAAUAUUGAGAAUAGAUUCAAGUGUGCAGAUUUAUAGACUAUUACAAUGUCUAGGAGCUUUGUUUUGCCAGGAACAGCACUGAAUAUACAUUGUCACAACUUCAGUAAACCCUCUGGAAGUAUUAUAAACUUUAGAAGAUAACUUUAGGCAUCUCCACUUGUGAAUAGUUGUGUUGGUAUUUUUGUUGCAGACUUUAUCCUUCAUUUUUAGCUAUUUUGUAAGUUUGAUUGUUUUCAGUGCAAAGAGGGAGAAAUGUAUUUUUCUAGAAGAAUGAAUGUACCUGGGAUUUAAGCACUACAAAAAUCAUUUAAUGAACAUGGACUGUCCUCCUAUGAAAUAUAUUUCAGUAAAGGUGUCUGAAAUGUAGUUCAUUUGAGAAAAAAAAGUCCCAAACAUGCACUUACGUUUACAUGGAAAAAAGCCCAAACACGGUGUGAAUAAAAUUCUGAAAUGUCUUUCUACAGGCAAUAAGUAUUAAUUAUUUAAUGUAAGUUAUGUUAGACAUUUGGAGUAAAUGUGAUAUGUUAAUUUAAAGAACAAUGUAACGAAGGAUCUGAGAAGGGAGUGGAAUUAGAAAAUAUUGGUGUAUGUUUCUGAAAUCCAGGAUUUUGAGUCUGUAUUUGCUGGCAUUGAUAAUUUGUUGUGGCUAUUGAAAACCUGGACAAGAGCAAAGAAUAGACCUUUCUUUGUAAAUGGAACUUGGCAAUAAAAAUGGUGUUACUAAGAAAA